AGGUAUAGACAGAUGAUUGACCUGUUUGAAUGUUUGACUUCAUAACAACAGGCUGUGACAGUGGGUUUGGAUUUGGGCUUGCCAAACGCCUGGACUCGCUGGGGUUCACGGUGUUUGCCGGCUGUCUGCUGGCAGACAGUGGUGGGGAGGGGGCGAAGAAACUCCGGGCGGAAUGCUCGAGCAGGCUGAGUACUGUUCAGAUAGACGUGACUGAUGAUGGACAGGUGAAGGCCGCUGUACAACAGGUCGAAGAUCGACUACCAAUAGGGUCAAAGGGUCUCUAUGCACUGGUGAACAAUGCUGGAGUCUGGCAGCCGGGAGAGAUAGAGUGGGUCAGCAUCGCCGCCUACCGACGUGUGAUGGACGUACAUGCAUUUGGUACCGUGCGAGUCACCAAGGCGUUGUUACCACUGAUUCGUCGGGCGAAAGGGCGAGUCGUGAACAUCUCCAGUGUGGGUGGGCUCCACGCAGCCCCGAUGGCGGGUGCCUACUGCAUGGCUAAAGCAGCCGUGGAAUUUUUCUCGGACGCACUCAGGCAUGAGAUGCACAAAUGGGGUGUCAAAGUUGUCAUCGUGGAGCCUGGCAACUUUGGACCGUCUACAAAUAGCGUUCUGCCAAAUGUCUACAAGCAGUACAUUGAGAACGUGCGAAACAACAUGGAAAAGGCUGUAAAGGAGGAUUAUGGCAUGGGGUACUUCGACUUCAAGACAAAACAACUCAGGGCCUGGAUUGAUUGUCAAUCUAAGGAUCCUACCCCUGUUGUAGAUGCUAUGUCGGAGGCCGUUACGUUAACCGACCCCUCUCAUCGUUACUUGGUCGGAGCGGAUUUGGAGGACUACAUAACUUGGAUGUGGCUAGAGUACUUUCCCACCAGGUGGACUGACUCUACAGAGAAGGCUGAGAAAGAAGCUGUACCAGCCAUGCUGCAGGCAAUUAAUUAG